CUUCUACAAGACCCGGGGAUCAUGGCGUCCCAAGUACUUAAUCAGAGCUCCAACGCCCAGCAAUAAUCGCAUUUUGUCCUCUGAGGACUCUGCACGACAGGUUUCGUGACGCACGCGAGAGUCGACUGCGCGAAUAUGGACGACAGCGCCCUAGCUAUACCGCUCAAAGACAUUGGAAUCAAGCUAUGGACAUGGUUCAUCCCGCUUAACCAGCUCUCAGGUCCCUCGAUGGGUCCCUGCAAGAUCGACAUGCUCCCGUUCGAGAUCCUAGAAUCUAUCUUUCUCCAUUUCCAAGCCGACUACGCCGUCGAUGUUCCUUCUCCAACCCCCUUCAAGCCCUCGGGCCCACGCAAGGUCGCUGCAGCCCCAGUUGUCCUCGGGGCCGUCUGCUCGCACUGGAGGGCUGUCACGCUGUCCAUACCCACCCUGUGGUCCAAGUUGUGGAUCACGGUGCCGCGGGUGGACGACAUCACAUACGUGAAUCGCUGGGUCUAUCGGUCGGGGCUCCACUGUCCUCUAGACCUCCGUCUCGACGAGCCCUUGUCGCUGUCAGGAUCGGGCCCAGACCCCGUCGUCCUGUCCCUUCUACACACUGCAAUCUCCCAAACCCACCGCUGGCGGCACGUCGAGUUCCACCUCAAGUAUUCCGUUGACCACUUUCUCCAAGCCGUUGCCCACCGUCCGCUGCCGGUCCUGCGCACGUUCGGGCUCAACUUCCCUUCCUCGUGGCAACUGCAACAGUCGCUAUACGCCGCUCCUUACCUCACCUCCCUUCGAUACGCAGGCCCCCAGAUCAAUCACUUGGCAUGGGUCGAUGCUCCUUGGGAGCAACUUUGCGCCAUCGAGUUCAAUACCCGUAUCAGCUGGGACGUCCUCGCUGCUAUCCUGUCGCGGUGUUCGAGAUCCCUACGCCAUCUCUCAAUCGACCGUGUCGGGUUUGACGGGAUCUUUCACGUCAAUCGCGGGUCAAUAAAGCUUCCAUCUCUGCGAAGCCUCACCUUGGGCCCGCACCUUCUUCAACCGACAGAGUUUUUCGGUGCGCUGGAUGUUCCGGGGUUGGUGGAACUCAACCUGAACAGGACGUUCGGGUAUCAAUACCAUGAGGCAUUCGAGGCGCUGUCGCGGCUUGCGUCGGGGGAGGGCUCGUUCCGGCUCCGCUCGUUCGUGUGGUUCGAGCCGUCCGGGCAUGUUGGGCAUCCGCCCCAAGAUUUCAUUUUGCAUGCGUUAUCGGCUCCUUCGCCCAGCUUCUUGGAUCACCUCACCCAUCUGAGGAUGGUUUCUCCCGUCACGGAUGCGCACCUCCAGGCACUCACCUGUGCCAAGGGGAGCCGGAAACCGUUACCUCGCCUUAAAUCGCUGGUGCUUGACCAGUGUUGGUCGACGGAUGGGGUCUUGUCGUCCAUGGUUCUUUCACGGAAUAAGACCUUGAGGUCCGUUUCAGCUGUCCUUUAUGGGUCUGGGAUGAUCUUGGAUCCCUGGUUCACGAGGGAUUUGGCCUUGCAGGUCCCGGGUGUACAAUUGGACAUCCGGAAAGGCUGA